GAGGACAAGCGCCGCCGCAACACGGCCGCGAGCGCGCGGUUCCGCGUCAAGAAGAAGCAGCGCGAGCAGGAGCUCGAGCAGACGGCCAAGGAGCUGCGCGAGCGCGUCGCCGGCCUCGAGAAGGAGGUCGACACGCUCAAGACGGAGAACGGCUGGCUGAGGAGCCUCGUCGUC